AUGGGCGGCGGAGGAAAGAUCCCAUACCCCAAACACGUCUGGUCGCCAGCCGGCGGUUGGUACGCCCAACCCGCCAACUGGAAAGCCAACACCUUCGUCAUGGGCGCCGUGCUCGCCAGCAUCGUCGGAGCCACCUGGAUGCUCAGCGCAAAUCUCGAGUACCGCGACAAGAUGCCUCAGGAAGGCCGAUUCUUCCCCAGCCGAUAUUGGAGCAAGCAGAUCGUCGAACACGAGCGGAGACUGAAGGAGGAGAAAUAG